AUGUCAUCAGUCCGUGAUGGGCAGGUUUAUACCUCUCUCACCGCACACUCCCUUCCCGACGUCAUACCUCACGAGCCUCUUUGGGAUCCUCGCGAAGACUACGAUAGUUCUCCCGACGAUAGUAAUACGCCACUCACUACUCGCUGGGCGUACGGAGCUCGUCCGUGGUUUCCCCUUGUACCUUUGAACCCUAGCUUCGAUGGGCCGAUCUUUGGAUGCCUCAACCACUCCAGGUUUUCCCUCCUCACAGAGGUAGAUACAUCGGGAAGGCACAUUCUCCACCGCGAUAUUCGGGCAAAAUGGGUCGACUUAGAGCAGAAACUGCUCUGGUGCCAGGAACAUUUGGGUGCUGGGCUAUUGAUUCCAUGGGGGACUAAACUUCCACGCCCUCCAACUACCUAUGGGUACCAACGGUGGCAUACAGACGUUAACCUUGCCAAAAAGAUUGCAAUAAGGUCGCGCGAUGCAUUUCUAUUAAUUGCUGCCACCUGCUCGUGGUACAUCAUGACUCGUCGAUACCAAGGUGCCAAUCAGUGGACGGCUAUCUUAACGAGCGACCCCCAACAUCCCAUACCCGCUGAAUGGGUUCUUGAGUUGUCGCGCUCAUUCGUUGGAGAUCUGACGACAAACGUGCCACUUCAAUUGCCCAUGUUUGAGAAAUUCUCGCUUCCGAUUUGGCUAUCACCCGUGCGACCGAGGCAGUGCCAAUGCAAGCAGACGCCUGACACUUGGGGUCAACCGGACGAUAGUGCGUGGGGUCAGCCGGAUGAUAGUGCGUGGGGUCGACCAGAGGACAACACUCAGAGUGUCCUUAACUGGGACGAUAGCGUCCUUGGAUGGGGUCAGAACAGUGGGGCACAGCCCGUGUCUGAUGUUCCCGAGGCACAUGCGGACUCUCUGUUCCCAGUCUCCCAACCCCACUCUAGACAGAAGCAAGGAGAAGACUUCAAGGCAUUCUUUGCGCGGCGCCGUCAGGAGAACCAGAGGAAAGAGGAGAUGGAAACACCAGCUCAACGGCAGUCGCGUCAGAGUCGUGAGCGGGCAGCCAUGAACCACAGCAUCCCCGGCAAAUCCAGCACAGUUGUGGUGUUUGAAUGGCAACCUAAUGACGACUUUGGCGGUUUUCGUCAACGCAUCCGUCUCACAAAGGCUGAGAUACCAAUGACUUGGAUGUCAUAUAGCAAAUCUACCAGGGUAUAUGACUCGUUCCGUAACGAGUGGGAUUUGUGCGAUGCAUUGGAUCUUACCAGCAUCCCCGAUGGCGAUUGGGAGGAAGAUGAUUUCCCGCCUGCGCCUGCGCCUGCUCCUUCUGAACCCACCCCUGCUCCCCCUGCCCCUCCACCACCCUUGUCCAGUUUCUUGAAAGACAUCGAAGCCUACUUCGGUCAUUAUGAGGUUGCACCCUCAACGCAAUACACUCGCAGAUCGACUACAUUCGAUGAUUGGGCUCGCAAGACACAGUGGACUCACUUAUGCAGACUCGUCGGCGACAACCCCACGGAUAUCACGUCAAUUCCAGACGCACAGAAGGAUGUCAUCACAUGUUUUAUAGGUUACCUCGUCACCCUCCCUCAAACUCAGUUGUCAGACAUCCCGCCCGAUCUCUGGGAUCUAGGACCUGACUCGUCCCUGUCAGUCUCGAACGCACACAUUCGAGUUUCCUUUGUGCAACAACCCAAUCAGCGGCUCUACAUCAUCGAGUCACUGUCGUCAAAUCUGGUGCCCUGGAAACUGGCGGUUCCCGACGCUAUUACGGCUGUGAUGUGCCUCCGGCGUGACUGGGGCUCAGAUAUCACCAAGAUCGCGUGUAACCUCAUGGAAAAAGGAAUCGCUAUAAAGACGUUGCAGCCAAUCUCAGUUCCACCUCACGCUCGACGCCCACUUACGGAACUCCACACAUACUUGCUCGGACACGUCUUCCCCCCCGAGGAUCGCAGGCUCGCCCGUUUUAGGCCAGUUUUUGCUGACUACAUCGUGUACGAGCAGCACCGUCACGAGUUCCUGAACCAGCCUCGCGCAAGAGCGGCACUUCUUCAUGGUGGCCUCAUAUGGCGGCUGGCUUUACAUAGUCUUGGGUUUGAUGUUCUCCCCUCCGUUCUCGAUGGCAUUUCACGGGAAGCGGUACCGUUUGGCCUCAUGCUGGACAUUAAUGGCCAGACUUAUUUCGAUGAUGAGCUGUCAGAAGAGGAGAUAGAUUUCAUGUGCGGGACGUAUUAUCUGCAUACCAACGACAGGAAUGUUGAAAUCGUCUCCUGGUGGCCCAGGCCCCAGGCCUGGGCUGCCUCAGGACUAAACGUGGGGUUCUGGUCCAGUCGAUGUGAAUCCUGGUUCCAGUUACGCCUGGGCAACAUUCGACAGGGCGUUUCACGAGAGCGACAUAAAUUCACUAAUGAUGCUAACGGUCCAAUGACUGGCUCGCAGUGGAAAGGCUCACUCAAAUUCAAUGCGGGCACCAGCAAAAUGAUGAAAAACGUCAACGCAGCAUCUUGCAGUUUUCUUGCCACCAAAGCAAGCGCUUUUACAGAGAAUUAG